AUUGAAGAAUACACCACCUUGGUUCAGCAGCACAGCAGUCUCAGUGUCCGCCGUCAAAACCCCCUGACAGUCCGCAAGGUCAAACAGGUUAACGAGCAGCUUGGACCACUUCAAAUCUCCCUAGGGAACAUGCUAAUUGACAUAACAAAAUUCCUCUUCAUCUUCCUUCUUGUAAUCACCUCAUUCGCCUGCGGAUUGCAUCAGCUGUACUAUUACUACGUCACUGAAACCAAUGAUAUGCGACCAGAGGCCUUUUCUUCGUGA